CGGCGGCCGCCGCCCCUCGGAGGCGUGAAUGACAGAGGAGGUGCCCCCGACGGCGCUCACCGACGUCAACCUGCGUCUGCUCUGCCACGAUGACAUAGACACGGUGAAGCAGCUCUGCGGCGACUGGUUCCCCAUCGAGUACCCUGACUCAUGGUACCGAGAUAUCACUUCCAACAAGAAGUUCUUUUCCCUUGCAGCCACAUAUAGAGGCUCCAUCGUGGGAAUGAUAGUAGCAGAGAUCAAGAGCAGAACAAAAGUGCAUAAAGAGGAUGGAGACAUCCUAGCUUCCAAUUUUCCUGUGGACACUCAAGUUGCUUACAUCCUAAGUCUUGGAGUGGUGAAGGAGUUCAGAAAACACGGAAUAGGUUCACUCUUGCUUGAAAGUUUAAAAGAUCAUAUAUCCACAACAGCCCAGGAUCACUGCAAAGCCAUCUAUCUGCACGUCCUCACCACUAACAACACAGCAAUAAACUUCUACGAAAACAGAGACUUUAAACAGCACCACUAUCUUCCCUAUUAUUAUUCCAUAAGAGGGGUCCUCAAAGAUGGCUUUACCUACGUUCUCUACAUCAACGGCGGACAYCCACCCUGGACAAUCUUUGACUACCUACAGCACAUUGGGUCAACACUAGCCAGCCUGAGCCCCUGUUCAAUCCCCCAGAGGAUUUACCGGCAAGCCCAGAGCCUUCUCUGCAGCCUCCUCCCGUGGUCGGGCAUCUCUGCCAAGAGCGGCAUUGAGUACAGCCGCACGAUGUGACGCCAGCAGAAAA